AACUUGAGCGUCCGAUAAACGCUUAGCCGGACGUCCGACUGACGCAGGAGGAGACCUUCGUAAAUAAGGAUCCUUGUAGCCUUCCUUCUCAGACUCACUUCGAUUUCCCCCUCCUCUUCUGCGUGAUAAUGGCUACCUUUGGUGCGGCGGCGAACGCGAACACGAACCCUAAUAAAUCCUAUGAGCUUUAACAACCGUUUAGCGUUGUAGUAUCCUACUACUCAAAGGAAUCGUUUGUUUGCUUCCUUGUGGAUGUCUACGUUUAGCUUAUCUAUAUUAAAGGUAUGUCAAGUUCAAAUUUUCACACAAAAGGUUUCCCUGCAGGUUACUCCAUCACCCGCAGAUUCUAUCUCCAGCUUAAGUUUUAGUCCAAGAGCUGAUAUUCUUGUCGCCACUUCUUGGGACAAUCAGGUGAGAUGUUGGGAAAUAUCUCGUAGUGGAACCUCUCUAGCUAGUGCUCCUAAAGCAUCUAUAUCCCAUGAUCAGCCGGUCUUAUGUUCUGCUUGGAAAGAUGAUGGAAGCACAGUCUUUAGUGGAGGAUGUGAUAAGCAAGCCAAAAUGUGGCCCUUGUUGUCUGGUGGUCAACCUGUAACUGUUGCUAUACACGAUGCUCCUAUUGUGGACAUGGCCUGGAUCCCCGGAAUGAAUCUCCUCGUCACUGGAAGCUGGGAUAAGACAUUGAAAUAUUGGGAUACAAGGCAGCAAACUCCUGUGCAUACUCAACAGCUUCCAGAUAAAUGCUAUUCAUUGUCUGUGAAACAUCCGCUCUUGGUUGUCGGAACUGCAGAUAGGAAUCUCAUUGUCUUCAACUUGCAAAAUCCCCAGACCGAGUUCAAGAGAAUCGUGUCACCGCUGAAGUACCAGACGAGGUGUGUUACUGCCUUCCCUGAUCAGCAAGGCUUUUUGGUUGGUUCAAUUGAGGGGCGGGUUGGUGUUCAUCAUCUGGAUGAUUCUCAACAAAACAAAAACUUCACAUUCAAAUGCCACAGAGAUGGGAAUGAGAUCUAUUCUGUCAACGCUCUGAACUUCCACCCGGUACAUGGCACUUUUGCCACUGCUGGCUCAGAUGGGGCCUUCAAUUUCUGGGACAAGGAUAGUAAGCAAAGACUCAAGGCCAUGUCAAGGUGCAGUCAGCCAAUUCCUUGCAGUUCGUUUAAUCACGAUGGAUCUAUAUACGCAUAUGCGUCGUGCUAUGACUGGAACAAAGGUGCAGAGAAUCACAACCCGGCAACGGCGAAAAGCAGCAUUUUCUUGCACAUGCCACAGGAAAGCGAGGUUAAGGCGAAGCCAAGAGUAGCAGGCGGCAGAAAAUGAGAUUUGCUAAUUGAUUUUUAGUGUGUUUCUUCUUCUUCUUCUUCCCUUGAGUGGAUGAUUCUUUUGGACCCUUCUCUUUCUUUCCCCUCAAGUAAAUCAAAAUCCUCCGGCUGUCUUAGAUGUUUCCGGUUUGGAAUUAUUUUUGUCUAAGUACUCUCUAAUACAAUGAAAUUUUUUUCUACAA